UGAUAUUUCGCACAGUAAAUUGGAGGAUCUCCCCUAAUUAGGGAAAAUUAAUUGACCAUGUAUUCGAGCAGCAACGGGCUGCGAAAGCCAAGGCGAGUUGGCUUCUUGGUGAGUCAGCGAAAGAUGAGGAAAUCGAUUUUCGACACCUUUGCGCUCUUAUGCGAGUACGUUCAAUUUCUUGAGCUUGUUUUUUGGUGAUUAAUUUAUAAACAUUAUCAUGAUCAAGAUCCAUUUCAAAUGGUUCAAAUUUUCCUGAGGGUAUUAAUUUUUCUUCUUUUUACACUCUAGGAAAACGGGCAUUGAUUUGGUCGAGGUAGGUUUUCUUGUACGUUUCACUGUCUGAUCUUCGAUCUGUGAAGAAUGCACGAUUCGAUUCCGUAUAACUUAAUUACGAAUGUGUGUGUUGGCCUACCUGUAGUAUUUUGCUCUGUUGAUCCCCUGAAUUGUUUGUUUUGAUGAUAUUGGAAAUACGAUCCGUUUUGUAUAUCGUCAAUUCCAUAUGCAGAGAAACGAGACAAGUGCAUCCAGCUUGUUUUUCUGGAAUGACGUAUUCCAAUUCCUGGGACUGAUCAAGAACUUGUAUUUAGUUAAUCUUAAUUCAUAAGCUUUAUAAAAGGAAAUUUGUUAUUCAAUUGUACUUUGAAGAGUAGGAAUAAAGCUAUCCACUGGUAAUGGAAGGUUUUGUUAUGGCUCUACGGAUGCAGGUUUCAGAAGUGAACUUAAUCCUUUUGCCAAACUUCAGAACACCCAGCCACUUAUUUGGGUCACCUUGAAUAACGAAAUUGUCUGUUGUAUUAUGCCACGUUGUUCCAAGUUUUCUGGAAAGUGACUAGGUAUUCUGAAGUUGUUAUAAUUGUAGUCAUGUAUUUUAUAAAGUGGGGCAGUGUUGAGGUUGAUUAUCAAGGCUCCGUCUUAAUAUGCUUGUGCAUAUAACCACAUGCCACUGGCAAGUGGUUUCACUGCAAAAUUUUGAACACUUUGACAUCAUUUCUUUGGUCGACAAGAGUACAGACCAUGGAAAAUAGUUGUCAAUGUGUUAAUCAAUUUUAUUUUCAAGUAUAAAUUUACAGUAUUUUUAGACUAACAGACAUUGGAGCUUGAUGUCCUUUAACAAAAACUUUUUCAAUAUCUAAAUAAUAUUGAUCUUUGAUACUCAUUAUAUUAUUCUCAGUUUUCACAUAACAUCACCAAACUUCAAACUAAGGAAUUAUCGAUUCAUCUAAGUUUCUACUUUCAUGAGGCAUCACAGCAGCUAAACACCUUUUCUUACAAAAGGGUUUUUCAUUUUCCAAUAGGAGGCACUUGAAUUUUAAAGCUUUUGCAUUAUGCAGCAUUUAUCUGUCGCCUGGGAAACCUCUUAUGUGGGUUAAAAAUGUUACUAGUUUUUUGAGAUUUUGUUAUCUAAACAUUCCGUGUCUCAGAAUGAAAUAUUACUUUAAUCUUAAUGACUUUCUGCUUUGAAUGGGUUACAUUUUUUAUUUUGAAUGGUGUGACAGUGAAAACGGUAGAAUUCACAAAUUUAGUAGCACCCGCAUAAAUACCUUAACAAAACAUGAACAAAAAUAGUGAAAAUCAAACUGAUUAACCAAAAGAUGGGUCAUUUAAUGAUCCUAUCUUUUGACUCUUUUUAUUCCACAUACAUAACAUAACAUAACAUAAAACUUCAUUUAUACUCGAAUUUUAGAGUAGCUAACAAGCUAAUAUCUUCGAGCUGACACUACAUAAAAACUAUAUAGAAAAUAUAUAUAUACAUUAAAUGCAAGGAAAGAAUUUACAAAAGUUUUAUGUAGCAAAAGAAUCUACAUGAAAACAUCCUGUAUUUUAGUCUUAAAGUCUGCAAAAAAACAUGAAAAAAAAUAGUGAAAAGUAAGAAACUGAUUAAGACCAGGAAAGAUGGGUUUUCAUUUAGUGAAAGAAUGAUCCUAUCAUAGGAAGAGGACCGGAGUGAAAACAAUCAUAUUCUUCAUAUAAGUAGGAAAAUGAGUGAAAAACAAACUCUAUUCCGAUAAUCUCUCUUUAAUAAUUUUUGUCAUUUUUACUUUUUAAAAGGUUGACAUGGACAGACCAUUGGAAGAACAGGGACCAUUUGACCUUAUCAUUCAGAAGCUUACAGACUACAUGGCAGCUGCAAUUGAUGGGAGUCAAGAUGCCAUGAAAACAUUAAAAAGACUUGAGGUGAAAGGAGUGAAGUCAUAAUCUUUUGCCCCCAUUCUUUUGUGUCUGAAUACCUUCUUAUAGGAAGUUAACCCGUCAUGAUAUGGAAAUUUGUGUUAAUUUAAGUCGCGUUGAUUUUUUGAAACAUUAAUUUCUGUGCCAUUAAUUAAUUGAGCAUUGAUAUUUCUACGACCUUAAUUUCAUUAUUUUGGAUACACCUCUGACAUUCUUGACACUUACGAAAGAGGAGUAUUCUAUCAGGGUCGAGAUCUGCUAGUAACUAUGAAACUGUGAAGAACCCAAGAAAUGGCCAGAUUUUUUCGCUUCACCCUCUUCUUAUGUUUAGGAAAAGUACCAUGAACAAAGUUUCCAUUUUAGGUUAUACAUUUAACUUUGUUUCUGUUGUCUCUCUCAGCUAGUUUCGUUUCUUUGUGAGCAUUGCGUUAAUUUCCUUCAUUUUGAAAUUUUACCCUCUCUUUUGUGUUAAUUUCCUUCAUUUGAAAGUUGUUUUGCACUAUAAAUUCACAUUAAUUGAAGUCCUGUUAAUUUCCCAUACUUCAUUUUAACUGCCCGUAAUAAGGUAAUUGGGUACCACUGAGCUGUAUCUCUGCGAUUGAGUGAAUCACAAGAGCAGGGAGGCAGCGUGGCCAAGUGGUCAGUGUGUUGGACUCGCAAUCCAGCAGUCCCAUGUUUGAGUCCCGCUCUGGCCACUUGCUGGAUUUGUUCUCGGUCAUCCCGAGUUCAACAGCCAUGCUUGAAAAUAGCCAACUGGUUGCCUCCUGCCAGUUGGGGUUUUUAUUCCCGUUAUGUUAUAUUUGAAUGAUUUGUUUCUAAGUACUUGAGUGGAGUGCCUGUAAACUAGCUGGAUAAGCUAAGAGCACUUUCCACUAUAAACAAGCCUUUAAACCUUUAGCCCCCAUGAAUAUGCAAGACUGUCAUAUCUCUUACUUAAAACUGCUGCCUGGUUUAAUCUCUCUGGGAUAAGCUUUGGUCUGCCAAGCGGGAGGCUGCCAGUUCCAACCCCAGCUGGACCAACCCUCAGGGUCUUUAAAUAACUAAGCAGAAAGUGCUACCUUUGUGAAGACAACUGCAAUCGGUUAGGCUCUCUAAACUUUAGACCCUGUCUCAACCCUUGCACGUGUAAAUUCUGUGGGAUGCUGAAUAACCCACACACUGUUUACAAAAGAGUAGGGGACAUGUCUUCCCUGGUGUGGUGGUCUAUCCCUCAUGGGGAAGGGGAAGCAUUGUUGCAGUGACCCUGCCAAAUUUGGUGAACCUAAGUAAACUUUUCAACUUCUUUUACCCAACUAUUUACAGUACAAGUUUCGUGUUGGCUUUAAAUAUUUUUUGUAACCUUGCAUUUUAGAUCUACAUAAAAGACCACCCUGAAGUCAUUGUGAUUGAUCCAAUGGAGUCUGUCAGUAAGCUUUUUGACAGAACAACAAGCUACCGGAUAAUGAAAGAAUGUGAAAUACUAGAAGAAGGUUAGCCGAGAUUAUUGAAGUUAUUUUAAUUUGUAUUCUUGUUGUUCGAUGAUAUUGUUAUUGAAAGUUAGUGAGUGCUCCAAAAUGUUUAGUGCUGAGCAAAAUAUUUAAUAAUUCAUUGUUUUGUGGCUAGUAAUGAAUGCUUUAUUUCUGGAAGGGUGAUAUUGUGGUUCUGAUCAGUUUCUAUUGGUACAGUUUUAUAACUGUCUAAUAUCCAUGUACAAAAAAAUGUUGGGAAACUGAAAGACAGCGUGGAUAUAUACAAAGCGAAGUGAAAUACCUGCUGUGAAAGAUUUUAAUUUCUCACAGCUGAAAUCCAUUAACACUGUACACUGUUUUAUUACAGUUAAAAAUAAAUGUAAUAUUUUUUCUUUGUUUGUAAACAUAAGGUGUUUACAAUAUAAUACGUGUCAAAAGCUACUUACUACAGCACACAAAAGGUUAGAAUGUUUCUUUGUCGGAUGCCUUAAAAAAAAAGACAUCCAGGCUCUAAAAUUUCCUUCAAAUAUACAUACACUGUAGGACACCUGAAUAUUAAGAUCUUUCCCUACAGAUAACCCACCCUGCCCAGGAAAGGUUGGCCGCACCACAGGGGCCUACGUCCCCAACUCUUUUUGAACAGUGGCGUGGCUUCCUUUAUGUCCCAAGAGAACCAGUAAGUGAAAGUGCUGUGAGAUGGGACCUACAGAUUUUCGUCCUUAUCCGGGAAGACUAGAAAGUCUAACCUUUUGCAGAUGUCAUUACAAAGGCAGCACUUUUUUUCUCAGUUAUUUAAAGAACAGAGUGUUGGUCCAGCUGGGGUUUGAACCCACGACCUCCCACUCAUUAGACUGGCCCUCUUCCAACUGAGCUAACCAGGUGGUGGUAUUAUAUGCUAUUUGCAUACUAUUUUGAUAUGAAUAUUUUAUUAUCAGGAAUAACUGCAUGUCCAUUUUCUUUUUGUGCCAUUUUUUGUUGUAGGAGUAAGAGUUUUUAUUCCUAAUUUCGUGCAAAUUGAUGCAAUGGAUCACAAGGAAAACUUGAGAAAAAUAGAAAAUGCUGGUGUUUCAUAUCCAAUGGGUGAGUGACAACAAUCCCUUAAAAAUAAUAAAAAAAGUAAUAAUAAUUUUCAUAAAGGUAUUCAGGAGGUCUACAGCUGUAAAUGGACAUUUGAUUGGCACCUUGAACUCAAGCCUUAAAUUUAUCAGCUUCUCAAGUUAGUCGAUAGACAUUUCUGAUGUGAAAAAAAGUUAUAAAUAAAUAAAAAUUCUACAUAACUGCAUAUUUUUCUUGGUAUGUGUCACACAAUGAGACCAUCUUAAUUUUUUGGAAUUUAGUCUGAUAAAAAAUAGCAGUAUAUCCAUAUCUGAGAUGUUUUCAGAACCAGGUAUAAUAUUUAGAAGCCCAUAAACAAAUGUCUAGAUAUCUGCAAUGAAAAUUGUCAUGAAUUCAGGAAAAGGAAUUAAGUUUUGGCCUUUACCUACUGAACAGUGUAAUAUUAUUUUGAAAUGCCAGUAAUAGUUUGCCAGAAUCUGUCUUAUCUGUUUUGGUGAUACUGUCAUGUUCCCAUCCCAAACCUUUUAUAUUCAAGACAGCUUGUAAACCCAUAUUACAGUCAAAAUUAUCUUGUUAAAGGGACGUGAAAAGGACAUGCCAGAGUUCACUCAGUGCUUGAAAAGCAGUUACUGAGGUCACCUGAAAGUGUCCAUAUUAAAGUAAGAGAAAAUAUGUGAGCUUUCCAUCUGGACAUAGAAAAGUGUCCAUUAUGACUGGGUGUCCAAAUCAAGUGGGUGUCUACAGGGCAGCCAGGUUCCAUGAGAGUAAUUUGUUUUGUCUUUUUCAGUUUGUAAAACUGUCAUUGGACAUGGAUCAGAAUCAUGCCAUGAGGUAUUAUGAGAUUUGUAUUGUAGAAAUAAAGAGAACAAAAAACAUAUUAAGAAACAUUUUUCAUUAAACCUAAAAACACUUGAGGCUUUUCGAGGUUUCCCAUGGACUAUUUUUCCUUUUCCAUCUUUGGUCUGUAUAGUUGUGCUUUUAGUUGAACAAGUUAGUGAUACCUACAUAUAGAACUAUCUCUGUCUAUUCAAAUGUGUUUAUGUAUAUAUGCAAAAAGUUACUUUUUUGGACUGAUUGGAAGUUACUUCAUUUCAGAUGGCAGUGAUAUUUAACGAAGAGGGACUCAAGGAUCUAAUGCCUCCUUGUGUUGUUCAACAGUUUGUUAACCACAAUGCCGUUUUAUUUAAGGUAACUGUGAUGGUUUCAUUUCAUGGUUGGUAAAGUACGGCUGAAAUGACACUUUUUUUUACAGCUUGUUUUAAGCAAAGCAGGUACCUUAGACAAUAAUUCAGAGAAACAGUGAAUCUUAGAGCACCAACAAAAAAUUAGCUAUUUAAAUGUGACAAUUAAGGCCGAUCGAAACACACCAAUGACAUUACGAGUCUUCAUAGCCAACAACAUCACAACUUAACUGACAGACGACCAAUAUCAGCAUGAGUUAAUUGACCAAUCAGGUCAAUAUAACCAGAGUUUAAUAACAUCAACUGACAUGAUACAACUCGCCUUGAUGCUGAAGAUGAAGAUGACUACCGUACAGGAUGUCAAAACGUCAGUCACUGUCAACAACAACAGUCCUAUUCAAUUAUGUAGAUGCAAGGGUACAACUACAGUGGGACAAAAAAGGAACUUUGCUGUAAAGUGCAGCUGUGCAAUGACAUGUGCAUUUUAUUUUGUAUUGUAAGACACAAUUUGAAGGUGAUGGCAUCAUUAAUUUAUGGCUUUUUUCAUUUAACAGGUUUUUGUAGCAGGGAACAAGCACUAUAUUGUAAAGCGACCUUCAAUAAAGAAUUUUUAUAGUACUGAUGGUAAGUUUCUUUAGUCUUUAGUAGUUGUAGUAGUUGUAGUUCCGGAUCAAUUAAGGUGUCUGGGAAACUGCCUACCUACCCCUCCCCUAAGCUGACAUAACACUUACUUCUCACUUAGGGAAAAAAGAUGGCUUAGUGGAGGGGUAGGUGGGCAGUUUCCCAAAAACCUUGACUGAUCUGUAGUUCCUUCUAUUGACAAAGCUGGCUUUGAAUAUUACAAUUAACAGUAAAAUUUUUUGGAUUUAACCACCAACUUAAACUUCAGAUUAAUUUUAAAAAGUACAUUAGUCAACUUCUGUUGUUUAUUGAACAGAAAAUAAGGGUGUGUAGAAAACUCAGACCCUCAGAAAAUGUAGCAAUUUUCAUGUGUGCUCAAGUAUUUUGUGCACUCUACUAUCCCUGAAUGAGGGCCUCUUAGUUGGGGGUGGGGGAAGGGGGGGGCAUUUACAGUGUAUGUUCUUUGUCUGAAUUUCAAAAAAUUGUCAUUUUUGCAUUUUGAGGAGUAGGCUAUGUCCCACUGUUUUAAGGCCAUGUCACUUGUCAGAAUUUUAUCCUAACAUGGCCUCCUGAACAUGAGGGACAAACUGCAAUCUAAUACAGAGCUGGCACUAAGAUUUAUUAAAAUUGCUGGCUUUGAGAGAUUAGUAGGCAGGGAAUUGAACAACUAAGAAGUUAUUAUGGUUCUAUUUUCCUUUUGUUUCUUAUGAAAGGAGACAGGGGUCAUGCUUACAGUUACAAGGGGAAAUCAUGUCAAGUUUGCAUGUGCAUAACCAUUUACUUACUCUUAUGAUAACAUGUCAUUUUUUGCAACAGCUAAGGACAGAAAAACAAUAUUUUUCUCAUCACAUGACGUUUCUAAACCUGACUCUGGUUCAUAUCUUAGUGAGGUGAGUGUAAAAUAUUUGACUUUUGUUUGUUUUUUGGGCAGUGCCCAAGUGAAGUUGCAGGGAUGGUGAGAUUGGCUUCAAAGUUGCAGUAGGUCUGUGGACAAGACUGGGCUUGCAAAUCCAGGCCAAGCGUAUGAACGUAGAGGUGUUUGCGCCCCUCUUCUUGCACCAAGUACUUUGCUCCCCAUGUGUCAUGCAUGCGUCAUUCCCAGAUCUUACCAGAAAUCGGUAGUAAAAAUUUUGUUACGGUAAAAGCUCGAUAUAACGAAGUCCUUGGUAUAACGAACGAUUUUCUUUACCCCAGUAAUAGUAAAAUAGAUGGAAAAGAACCUUGAUAUGACAAAAACUUGUUAUAUAGCGAACUAAGUUUGCCAGUCCCUUGGUUUUUUGUUGUAUGGAGGUUCCAUUGUAUACGACUUGCUUUGCACUUCUUAGCCUUAAUCUUGUGUUUGCAUUAGUAUUCUUAUUUGUUUACUCUCAAGUUUUUCUGUGUUUGAUAACAUGCACUUUGCCCAAAUGAAUGCUUUCAAAGCAUCUUGUACAUGUCCUGCUAAACAAAUUCAUCAGCCACAUUAAGUUAAGUAAAGUAAAUAAAGUUAUAAUCUUUAUUUAACAGUAGCACUUUUAUAAUGCCCAAAUUUUCGACAGUCUCAGCUCUCAUGACCAUGACAUUGUGUAAACAAGGUCAAGUCAGUUGGGGCUUGGAGUUAUUCCAGCCCCCCUCCCCUCCCCUAUAAAGGCUAUCUUUGGGUUUUUCAAUGGUAUUUUCUUAGUUUUGUUUGUUCAUUAAGUGCCUCUGUGUUUGAGUCAAUCCCUUUUUUCAAUGACAGCUGGAUGAAUAUGACAGUGAACCUAACGUUUCUGCCCCUGAUGAAAGUCUUGUUUUGAAACUUGUCAGGAAACUUCGACCGAAGUUGGUAAGUCUUGUUUGUACGUAAAAUCUAACCUAGAAACUGCACAAUUAGGAUUGAAAUAAGGCAAGGGAAUAGCGGGAAUACGUAAGAGAAAAUAUGUGAAACUGCUAAAAUUGGGCUUGGGGCCCGUUUCUCGAAAGUCCCGUUAACUUUACGGGCCCGAAAUCAAGUGAAAGCCGCUCAACCAGCAAUGCUUAUCAAAGAUAUUUUCCAGAAUUUAUUGUUGUUUUUUUUUUUACUCAGAAUUUAACCAUGUUUGGUGUCGACAUAAUUGUUGAAAAAGGAACAGGACAUCAUGUUGUCAUAGAUAUCAACUAUUUUCCUGGUAAGUGCAGUUGGUAUAUGAUAAGUACUGUUGAAGAAGCGAGCAGGAGUGUAUCGCUGAGAGUUUUUGAACCUGGUAGUACACGACUGCGAGUUUUUUGAGUGGCUUCAAAAUCGCUGAUAUAGAGCAACUCUUUCUUGCACUGAUAAUUAGAUUUGGGGUUAUUUUGGUCUAAAAGAUUGGACGUAAGGAUUAGCCUUGUCUUCAUCAGUUAUUUAAGACACUCAUUAAACAUCAAUUUCUUUGGUUUUUUCGUUUUCUAAGUAUUAAUGAAUUUUUGAAUUUUUUUAUCCUUCCGUAGUUGGUUUCAGUUUUUACAUGUUUUUUUUUUUUCAUGUCUUCGUCUACAGGCUAUGAGGGUGCACCAUCAUUUCCGCUAGAUUUCGCAAAAUAUGUACAUGAAUUACUGGACAAGUCACAGGAAAAGGAGAGGACAUCUACAACUCCCAUACUUUUAAGUUGA